UCGGGAGGAAGAUGACAGAUGGGGUAGAAUAGGCAGCAGCCGAAGGGAAGAGGGCAAGAGCAAAUCGGAGAAAGAGAGCGAGAGAGGCGAGAAAGAGGACGAUGAGCGAGGAGGAAGGUAGGAGCAAGGGGCAGUAUGGCACCUUCCAGGGCGCCCCCGAUUACGCCCAGCCGGCGAUCGGCUUCCCCCAGCCUGUGCCACCGCCUGGCCUCACAACUUCCCGCCAUGCCCAUCCGCCGCCGCCCCAGAAUCCUGGGCCUCCUUAUUACGUCCAAGUCUAUCAAGCCGUCCCGGGUUAUGCACCUGUUGAAGGAAGACCAGUAAGACUGCCACGUCUCGCCUGCUGCGGUUUAGGCAUCGGUUGGCUUCUGUUUAUACUUGGUUUUUUCCUAGCUGCCAUCCCGUGGUAUGUUGGAGCUUUCAUUAUGCUGUGUGUCAGAGUAGACUAUAGAGAGAAACCAGGCUUGGUUGCUUGCACGAUUGCAGCUGUUCUCGCUGCAAUUGCUGUUAUUAUUGGCGCAACAAAGGGAGCUGAUGUUUGGUGAUCACUAAAUAGUGUGGUGUGCGUGUGCAUCAAUAUUCCAGAUCAUAUAUAUGUAUAAACUGUCCAAAAUAUGACUUGUGUGCCUUGAAACACCCCAAAAGUGCUAUUUAUCAUGCUUCCAGAAUGAUUCUUGACAUUGCCUCUUGUACUGAGUUCUUAUUAGUAUGAUACUACUUGUGUGAA